AUGAGCGGAACUCCUCCACCUCCACCACCCCCGCCUCCACCUCCCAAAAGUGGCGGAGGACCCAUCCCAAGAAGGAGUCAGCAAACACGACCUCAUGAAAGUACGGCUUCGAUUCCACAACUCGAUUCAGCACCUCCUUCCGGAAAUAUUGCAACCACCACCACCAAUUUCAACGCUACGACACAGGAUGCAACAGCUAUAUUGAAUACCAUAAAUCAAUUGCCACCACCUCCUCCUCCGCCACCGGCACGUCGAGCAUUAUCACCGCCACGGAAUCCAGUCUCAUCCUCUGCAUCUACUGUCAGUACAACUAGUACUGGUACCGAAUCCACCAAUCUAUCGUCACUCCCUCCACCACCCAAUGUGACUUACAACACGACAACAAGUUCCGCCAUCAAUAGUCCAACUCGAAUACCUCUAUCCGAUUUGGUCACUUCCAACAAUGAUACCACCCCCAAAACGGAGAAGGAAGCACCACCACCGUAUCUUCCCUUUUUGACCUUUGUGGCAGAGAAAAAGUUGGAUAUUCUAGCGAGACGUCAAACCCACGUUCCCAUUGUCGUGGUAGCGACCGAAAGUACCCAUCAAUUGGCUUGGAAGAAUAAUUUGCAAUUGACCGACAUGUUUCAGGGGAUUGUUCAUGAUUCCAAGCCAGAUGGUGGGAAGUUGCCACCCUUUCGUUCCGUCAGCAAAUCUCUCAAUUUGAAAGAAGUGCCGAUUCAAUUCUAUUUGGCGGAACACUUGCAACCGCACACGUACACGGAAGCGCAUGAUAUGCUCUCGGAUCACGCCAAGUUGCAAGACUCGGAUGGGAACGUGGCACAAGAGUUACUACUGUUGGAAGAUCGAGUGGACGAAUUGUUGCAAGACCGGGACACGGAGGAUACUUUGGAGCAAGUUACCAGAGAAGCGUACCGAUUGACAUCGCCAUUGGAUAUUCCAUGGCUACUGAGAUACAGAUAUGCCUUGGACGAAUCCACCAACCAUUUGGAACACGAUCUCAUCUCCUGUCCGCCAGUGGUGCUACUGGUUUGCACCUCCAAUGAAGUGGCGAGUCCUCAAGACGUCUUGCAAGAAUUGCGCGAGUCGCCACAAGUGCUGCCGGAGGGAUUUCGAAAUGGAUUGUACGAUCCAAAUGCCAUUCGAUACGAAUGUUUGGUCCUGCACGAUGCGGUGGAUGGACCAAAUAAUUUUGGAGAACAGUUUUUGCGACAAACACUUCAGAAUCAAUUUGGAUCCAAUUCGGCAGUCAUUCGAAUCAACAGUGUAAACAAGGAAACUGCAAAGGCACUUUCCGAACAAGAGGAUAGUGAUUUGUGGGGUGGCAAUGGAACCAAAGGAAAUUGUCUCAGUUUCAACGAUCGAGCCAUGCUUGGACGGUUCUUUCAAUCCCUCAUUUCGUCGGCCGUUCUUCCUGCCAUGGAACGCCGGAUUGCUACCUUGAAUGCGACUGUCAGUGAACGCAAAAAGGGAAUGCGGAACCUGGUCAAGAGCUUUUGGAGAAAACCCAAAGAAACACAGCAACAACAACAAGUGGAACAGAAGAAAAUUGACAUGUCGGCGUCGACCGCCAAGUAUCGAUACGACUCGAUUGAAAGUCAAGCGCGAUUAUUGGCGGAUACCCUGUUUCUAAUGAAGGAUUACGAGGCAGCCCUCAGUACCUAUAGGCUGGUGCGGGAUGAUUUCAAGUCUGACAAGGCCUUGGGACACUACGCCAAUGUGCAAGAAAUGAUGGGCCUUGCCAUAUAUCAUCUAGAUCCAUAUUCGCGUUCGAGAGACAUUUUUGCCCAGUUUGAAACGGCAUUGUUGGGCUACACUCGAGCUGCCGAAGGAGAACGCGCCAAGUGGGGAAACGAUCCUUCCACCAGACCUCAAGCCGCGCCACAUGCCACAAGAUUGGCUUCUCGACUCUGUCUGUUAAUAGCAACUGCAUCUGAUGCCUUGACUAGAGGACGAGAACUGGAAGUGGCCGAUUUGUUGGCGAGUGCGUCGUCUCAUGAAUCGUCAUUGGGUGCAGCGGUAUUGCUGGAGCAGGCGUCCGCCUUUUACUUUCAAGCGGAAAUGUUUCGAAAGUAUUCCUUUCACAUGCUCAUGAGUGGACACAUGUUCCGAACAGCAGGUCAAGACAAUCACGCAUUUCGAUGUUUCACCUCUGCUCUCUAUGUCUACCGACAUGGUUCCUGGAAUGAGUUGCAUAAUCAUUUGCGAUCCGCACUGGCAGCCCAAUUGUAUAGUAUGGGGCGCAUGUCGAUUGCGCUGAUACUUUACGCCAAACUGGUAGGGACCUCAAGUGGUGGGAAGGUGUCGGCAAAAUCCCAACAGAAAUUUUUGUCGCAUUUGUUGGAGAUUUGUGAAAACCAUCCCAAACCAGCUUUGGCUGGAGCCGAUCGAAUGGCAGUUCCACCCAAGAUUCCCAACAAUGAACGGGAGGCAUUUCGCAACGAGCAGCUGGAACGGAUCGUUCAUGUCAUUCGAUUCACUAUGGGUGCCUCCCGAGUUCUGCAGUUGCCCUACAUGAAUUUGCCCUUGAUAGUAGAUUCCUCAGUCCGCAUUUGGACCCAUGCAGAACAUCACUUUGUUCGUGAUGCCAAACUAGGCGAAGAGGAAUCAGCAUCGAACUUCUUUGGCACGGUGUCCAAGGGGAAAGAGUCCAUAUGGCAAGAAUUGGAAAUUAUGUCGAAAGCGGAGUCAAAUGCCUCGGACAGCUCAAACCCAGUACUGGACGAGGCCGUUACCUCAGCACUCCUCCAGAUAAAGGAUCUAAAGCAUCGUAGAGUCAUUGCACAGGUCGAUAAAGAAAAGCAAAACCGAAGCAUGAUUGAGCGCAGCAAGCGAAAAGGCUCCAUCAAGGCCAAACCUACCAAAAGAGCCAAGGGCGAGCCCCUCUUUUGCGACUUUCAACUCAAGAAUCCGCUUGGAGUGGAAAUUUUCAUGACUGACAUUCAAUUAGUAGCAAGGAUGGUGGAUGUAAAUGGCCGUGUCAUGACCAACCAAGAUGCCAUUGUAAUUAACAAGGGUAAGGAAGGGAGUUCAAAGUCGUACACAUUUGCAAGUACCGACAACAUGGAUUUCUCUGUUGGCGAUUUCUGCCGAUUCUCCGAGCCUGGUCAGAAGUCGUGCUUCCCAGUCGAUGACAAUCCCUUUUUUGUUGUAACCAAGCGCGAUAUGCAAUUGGAACCGCUUGCCGAUGUUACACUUUCGGCUGGAGUGUGUCCUCUAGUCGAAGGGGAUUUGGAAAUUUUGGGUGUUCGGUGCAAGUUGUUUGACAAGGUCUGGGUCUAUCAUCCAUUCGACAUCGAAGGUCCACUACUUCAAGAUACAAGGGAAAACAUAUCAAAGAGAGUUCGCGGCGAGUCAAUGCUUUUGAAGUCCAAAGUAGAAAGGGAAAUGCCGUGCCUCACAGCUGAACUGAUUAAGCGAGGUAGUGAUGACUUUAAUACGAUACCAGCUGACGGUGGCCCUUUAUUGGAAGGACAAGUGAGCCCAUGGACAAUACGUUUGCGCAACGUCGGAAAUGCACCGGCGUCUAACGUCACGCUGAAGACAAAUCUACCAUGGAUCAAUGUUGUCAACACUGAAAAUCAUCUGCUGACCGCAGAAGAACAAGAAGCUCAGGCAACAUCAAGAUGCUUAGGACCAACUGGAACACUGAUGUCAUUGCCCAUGAACUGUGAGACACUCAAAGAGACUGGGAGACUGCAUCCAGGAGAACACGUUGAUAUCCCAAUUCAAGUGAGAACCUCAGGAACUGGCAAGGGAGGCUUCUACAUGCUCUUCCGCUACGACUUGUGGAGUCCAAUGGGAGAUGUUAAGCUACACAGAUGGCUCCGACAGAUGUAUGAAGUGCCGGUCUAUCCUUCUCUCGAUCUAAGUGCAAAGGUGAAGGCAGCAUUCUGGAAUGGAAAGGAACAGAUUCUUUCGGUGGAGCUAACGAACAAUCGAACUGAUAGACCUACUGAUCUCUUUGUGACUCUCGAUAAAUUGAGUGUCGCAAGUCGGCACUACAAGCUAGAAGCCAUUCCUGGUCAAUUCAUAACUAGAGAAGAGAAUGGCCAUGUAUUACAAAUAGGCUGGCAAGAAAGAGUCACGAUCCACUAUAAGGUUAUUCCAUUGGCUGAGGAGAGUAAAGUUUGUCUGUUGAGCGAAUGUUCGUUCACAGAAAUGGCAAAGAGUACUACUAUAGAAGCUGUCUAUUCUAAGGCAACUGACUAUCUCUGCUUGGAAAACGCACGAGACUCUUUCGAGGCUGCGUGGAAAGCCCACCAAAUUGAAAUUGCCAAAGCUGAGUCCUCUGCCGACGGAGAUCAGCAUCCUAGAUCGAUCGCAUCGAUUCGCCGAGCAAACACAGCAUCAGAUUAUGAUACGACAGGAGACGACAAGUCACUUGAGGCUCAUCCAACCUCAAUAGGACAAUUAUGUACUCAUGAGAACAGCUUGUCGAAAAUUCACCUCAUGUGUUCGUGGAGGGCCAUUCUUGGACAAGAAGUCAUCCGUGGCGAACACCACCUUCGAGGUAUACCAGUUCGUCCAAUCUCCUUCUUCAAUGGCUGUCCAAUCGUGGCAACAGCCUCGCAUCAACCUUCUGUUGCUCAUGACUUUACAAACGGACCAGUGGGUCUUCCAGUCAAAUUGACACUUCGAAAUCAAUUGCUGGAAUCCGCAGUGAAUCUCAGCUUGUCCGUCAAGGAUGACACAACCUUUGAAUUGAUUGGAUUCAAUGUCAUGAGAUUAUCCUUUCAACCCCAAGAAGAGAAAACCAUUCCACUGGAGGCAUUGAUACCUCGUGCUGGAGUCCAUAAUUUGCAAGCCUUUGACUUGACUGUUAAGCGCGAUGAAGAAGAGUUUUUGUAUCCAUUGAAGCAACAAUGGAUCGUUUCGGUAACGGAGAGUCUCUAG